UGUUUAAAAGACAAAGGUGUCUUUAUUGAUAAUUUGGUGCUGUCAUCCAACUUACCGUGUUGCUGUAAAGCCGAUGCUAUUCCUUUGUGCGAAAAGUACCAAAUAAACAGGAGUGUGCUUACUUACCAUUAGUCCGCGAUUUGGGGCCCAGCAAGGUGAAAGUCGGAAGCCGCCCCUCGUUGAUAUUGGUUGUCAGCUGAGCAAACGAGAAAUUAACGCUGAAAAGCGGAAACAGAUUGGCUGAAACAUUCUUCUGUACACAUCUAUUUUUUCUCUCCCUCUGAUAACAUGGCUCCACCUCAAGAACCACAACAAUGCCUUGCCCUUACUCAUCCUCUUCAAGAGGUUGCAAAGUCUGAUGCUGUUCCAAGGACACUUCAUGAUCUAGUUGCUCGUAUUCAUGACGAACUUGGUCCUGAUGGCGGUCUUGACUCUGAGCACAUUGAUGCCAACCGUAUUAUUGCUCUGAUGGAAAGUUAUAAUUCCAACGCUGAAGAUUGGGAGCAAUAUGCUAUGUUUGAUCACUCUAGGGCGUACACUCGUAACCUUGUUGAUGAUGGCAAUGGAAAGUUCAACCUUAUGAUUCUUGCAUGGAGCAAGGGUCAGCAAAGUCCUAUCCAUGAUCAUGCUGGUUCGCACUGUGUUAUGAAAAUUCUUGAUGGCAAACUUCAAGAGUCGUUGUUUGACUGGCCUGAUAUGAGUGAUCAAGAGAGUGUCGCUACUGAUAUGUGUGAUAUAACUACUGCUCGUAAACUUGAUGUUUGCCCUAAAACUGGAGUUUGCUUGACAAAGCAGCGUGAGACCAUCUAUGGUGCUGAUCAAGUCACCUAUGUCCAUGAUAAAAUCGGUCUCCAUCGUAUUUCCAAUCCUAGUGGGGAACGGGGUGCUGUGUCCCUCCAUCUGUAUACUCCUCCAUAUGAAACUUGCAAAACUUUUGAAGAACAGACCGGUAGAGCUCGCAGUAGUGGCAAGUGUUCUUUCUACAGUGUUGGAGGUCGUCGUUCCAUCUAGGUCUGAAUAUCGAUGACUUGAUACGUUUUGAUAGUCGAACUUUUUUUCUGUACAAUAAAUAACAUGAUAUGCUUGAAAUGAAUUUGCUUCUUCUUCAUCCACUCGCCUUGGAGGAUGAUCGCGCAACCGAUGUGCAAUUUGAU